CAUGUUUUCAGUUGUUCAAUUAUAAAACAAUUUAGAGCUUAAUAGGCUAGACUUCUUCUUUUUUUAGUAUAUUGGACCAGCAAUCUGUUAUAUUGAUCUCGUUCAAUGGAGUUUCAAAAAGAUGAAUAUCACCCCCUGCCCUUACUGUCUCUCAAUCACAUUUCACUUGUUUGCAAAUCUCUUCCACUUUCUCUGCAAUUUUAUGAAAAAGUGAUGGGGUUUGAGUGUGUACAGAGACCAGUUCCUAACUUCAAGGAUGCUUGGUUAUAUAACUAUGGUUUUGGAAUACACCUGCUGCAGAGUGAGGGUUGGGAUACUGAUCUGUUUGAAAAACAUGAGAUCAAUCCCAAAGAUAACCACAUCUCUUUCCAGUGCUCAGAUAUCAAUCUAAUAGAGAAAAGACUGAGGGAUAUGGGGAUAGAUUAUGUUAAACAAGUUGUGGAGGAAGAGGGCUUAUGCAUUGAUCAGCUCUUCUUCCAUGACCCAGAUGGCUACAUGAUGGGGAUUUGUAACUGUGAAAACUUUCCCAUUGUUCCCUCAGAUGAAGCUUCUGCUGUUCCCCAGCUCUGUCCACUCAAAUCUGCUGAUCUCACAAAAACCAUCUUCCCUCUCUUCUGUCAUGGUGAAGAUAUUGAAGCUUCUGAAAGGAAUGGUCAAUUCUCAGAGCAAGCACAAGAAAAGAAAGAAAUGCUGCCCUUGGACAUAAUGGGUGUUUUCAUCUGAUCUUAAAUCGGUACAGCUAUGCAUAGAAAUAAGAUUUCAACUGGAAAUCAUAGAUGUGCUUUCUUAUACAUUGAGAGCAGUCUGAAAGAUCUCCACCCAUUUCAACUAAAAUUUCAUGAGUUUAUGAAGCAGAAGAACAUUGGGUCUGGUUCACAGAGCAUGCAUCUAAGAUAUUGAGGACAUAAAAUAAUUGAUUUGCAGGAAUGAAUGAGAGCAAUUUUUUUAUUAACCUGGAAUCUUUGGAUUCUUUUUUAAGGUGGUACUUGUUCAUAUACUAUUAUGGUGACCAGUAAUAAUGUAAUAUUUUGUUAUCUUUAAUAAAUGUUUUUAAUGGAAUUAUGAAUCAG